AUGGCCGAUUUACGGGUCGACGAGCCUCCAGAGGUCAUGAAGGUUGACAAAGAAGAGGUCGAGCACAGGAAGGAGGCUGUUGAAGCAGCCGCCAAGAAACGCGGCAUCGACGACGAACAAAUCGCUCUAUUCCUGCAGUUCACAGGUGCAGACGCAGACUGGCAUCAUGGCAUGACGAAAAAGCUCAUGCGAAAGGUCGACGUCCACCUUCUUCCGCUCCUGAUCCUGAUGUACCUCCUUAACUUCCUCGAUCGAAACAACCUGUCGCAAGCUCGGCUGGGGACUCUGGAACAGGACCUGGGGAUGACUGGGACCGACUACAACCUAGCAACCAGCAUCCUAUUCGUUGGCUAUCUUCUGAUGCAGCUGCCGUCGAAUCUACUUCUCACCCGCCUGCCGCCCUCGAUCUAUCUCGGGGUGGCCAUGACGAUAUGGGGCGCCAUCUCCGCAGCCCAAGCAGCAACGCACUCGUUCGGGGGUCUCGUCGCCUGUCGGUUCUUCCUGGGUUUCGCAGAGGCGCCCUUCUUCCCGGGUGCGAUUUUCUUGAUGUCGAGUUGGUACACGAGAUCCGAGCUGGCGGUUAGGAUCGCCUGGUUCUACUCUGGGAGCUCGUUGGCAAACGCCUUUGGUGGUCUGCUAGGGGCUGGAGUUCUAGGUAAUCUGGAUGGUGCUCAUGGGAUUUCUGGGUGGCGAUGGCUCUUCAUCAUCGAAGGCACCAUCACCAUCGGCGCCGCCAUCACCGCCGCGUUCAUCCUGCCGAACUAUCCCGCUACGACGAAGUGGCUGACUCCCGAAGAGCGCGCCUACGCCCAGUGGCGCCUCAUCGAGGACACGGGCGAGGCCGACCUCGCGGAUGCCAUAUCCAUCAAAGAGGGCGUCAUGAUGGCGCUACGCGACCCGCGCCUGUACCUCUUCACACUCUUCCAGCACCUGUCGCUGCUCUCGCAGACCUUCCAGUACUUCUUCCCGACCAUCGUCAAGACGCUCGGCUUCAGCACCAUCGAGACGCUCCUGAUCACGGCGCCCGUCUGGAUCGGCACUUUUUUCGUUUCCCUCGCCGUGACCUACACGUCGGGCCGGACGGGCGACCGCUGUAUUCACAUCGUGUGCCUGAUGCUCGUCUCCGUCGCGGGCAACGUCAUCGUCGUCUCCACGCUCGACACGGGCGCGCGCUUCUUCGCCAUGUUCCUCAUGCCGAUGGGUGCAGUGUCCGCCUACCAGAUCGUCAUCACCUGGCUCGCCAACAGCUUCCCGCGGCCGCUCGUCAAGCGCAGCGCCUGCAUCUCCGUCGCGAACAUGAUCGGGAACUGCGCGAAUAUCUACGGGAGCUACAUGUAUCCGGCGACCGAUGGGCCGGGCUAUGUUGCCGGUGGGAGCGCUACGGCUGUGGUGGCGUCCUUGGUCGCGGUGCUGGCGCUGGUCAUUCGGUUCGUGUUGCAGAGGGAGAAUAGGAAGAUGGCGGAGCGCGAAGCCUUCGAGGCGGAUGGGAGAGGGGUGGGCUUUAGAUAUAUCCUGUGA